AUGUCAAAGUCACCACAAGAUCUCAAAAUCGCCAUCUUGGGCGCCGGAAUGGGCGGUCUUACCACCGCUCUAGCCCUCGCGCGCCAAGGUUUCAAACACAUCGACGUGUACGAAUCCGCCUCGGAUCUAGGCUUCGUGGGCGCGGGCAUCCAACUCGCACCGAAUAUGGCGCGCGUGUUGGAUCGUCUCGGCGUCUGGGAUGGGAUCGCGGCUGAGGCGGUGGAUAUUAAGGAGACGAGCGUGAGAGUCGGCUCUACCAACACCGAACUCGCACAUGUCGACCUCCAUCACAUCGCUCAGACCUACGCCUAUCCGCACAUGGUCGGACACCGGGCCUCUCUCGCCAACGGCCUCUACCAAGGCUGUCUGCGCCACCCCGACCAAAUCACAUUCCACUUCGCAACAACAGCAUCGGCCAUCACCUUCCCCUCCUCCUCUUCUGCUUCCUCACAACCCUCAUUCACAGCCACUCCACGAGACCCCUCCCUCCCCUCCACGCUCAUAACCACGGACAUCCUAAUCGGCGCGGACGGAAUCAAGUCCCGCACGCGCGAAGCCAUGCUCUCCCAUCUGGACAUCCUCUCGACCAUCGGCGUGCAAGACACAAACCAAGCCGCCUACCGCAUCAUGAUCCACAAAGACCAGCUCCGGCCCGAAGACGCCGACAUCCUGGCGCUCUUGGAAAGCAACAAAGUCGUGCGCUGGAUCGGCGAGAAACGCCACAUCAUCGCGUACCCGGUCAGCAAUAACACGAUCUACAACCUGUCGACCACGCAGCCGGAUACGAACUUCGCGGCGGCGACCAACGCGACCUACACGACGAAAGGAUCGAAGGGGGCCAUGAUGAAGGUGUUUGGGGAUUUUUGUCCCCUGGUGCAGCGCAUGUUGCAGUAUGUGGGUGAAGGCGAGGUCUGUGAGUGGAAGCUCAGAUGUCAUGAUCGGUUGCCAACAUGGGUGGACGGUUCUGUGGCCCUGGUUGGCGAUGCGUGUCAUCCGACGUUGCCGCAUCUAGCGCAGGGCGCGGCGCAGGCGAUUGAGGAUGGCGCGGUGCUGGCGGUGGUGUUGAGUCGGUUGCCCGAGACGAGUGCGGGGGCGGUACAUCGCGCGCUGAAGGCGUAUGAGAUGGUGAGGAAGGAGAGGGCGUACGCGUUGGUGGAUAUGGCGGCGGCGUCGGGGAGGGCGUUGCAUUUGGGCGAUGGAGCGGCGAAGGAAGAGCGGGAUAAGCAGUUUGCGGCGCUUAGGCAGGGACGGGGACCCGUGCCGGAUAAGUGGGCGGAUGCGGAUGUGCACAAGGAGAUUUAUGGGUUUGAUUGCAUGAAGGAGGCGGAGGAGAGAUUUGGGGAGUAUUUCGAGAAGGCGUCGCUAUGA